UAUUACUAAGCAAUUAAGUAGAAAGAAAGAAAGAAAAAUGGCCAAGUCGUGCACUCUCGUUUCUCUCCUCUGCAUGUACUUCCUUCUCUUUUCUUCAACUGGUUUGAAGGCAGUGGAGGGUGCUGACUGUGGAAGGUACAGCGGUUCCUGGUCGGGAAUCUGCCUCUCGUCGGACAACUGUAAUACCCAAUGCAUUGAAAGGGAACACGCUAAAUAUGGAGGGUGUCACUUUGAUGACAACGGUUCUGCUUGCUUCUGUUAUUUCGACUGCUAGCUAGAGCUACUACAAGUGUACUUGCGUUCCGAAUCAAUUACGUUGUUUCUUCCUCAAACUAAAUAUGUAUAAUGUAUGCAUUUGUAUCCUUUGUCUUUUGUUUUACUUUUCUUCCAAAAUAAUUUGCUUUUGGCUUACGUUGCAUGAGUGUUAUGAACUUAAUUAUGAUGAUCUAUAUAUAUGUAAUAAAACUUUUCAUUGACUUUUAUGUGAAGUUGUGAGAAUUGC